UUAGGUUCUUCGAACACUUUGCAUGAAUAAAUUUUAAAGAGGAAAUUCGCCAUGUGUACGUUAGAGAAGCGCGGCAACCUCUUUAUUUUAACGUUGACCGGCGAAGACCGGCAUCUGUUUAACCCCGAUCUUAUCAGUUCCCUCCUCAAGCUUCUCUCUCAGGUCAAGGCUCAAGCUACUUGUGGUUCGGCUCUUAUUACCCAAGCCCAGGGUAAGUUCUUCUCCUACGGCUUUGACCUUGAUUGGGCGCAAGCUGCCGGGUCCGAACAAGGAGCCGUAAAACGGUUACAACACAUGGCGGAUUUGUUCAAGCCCGUCAUCGCCACUCUUCUCUCCAUCCCGAUGCCCACCAUUGCCGCCAUCACUGGUCACGCUGUUGCUGCCGGAUUCACCCUUGCAUUGUCCCACGAUUAUCUCAUCAUGCGGAAAGACAGAGGGAUACUUUGGAUGCCUGAGGUGGACAUAGCGCUGACACUCCCCGAUUACAUCAACGCGUUGUUCAAAGAAAUGAUCGGCGACGCGUCAGUCCGUCGCGAUUUGUUGUUACGAGGGUUGAAGAUGAAGGGAGAUGAGGCAGAGAAGAGAGGGGUUGUGAAAGCGGCGUACGACGGUGAAGCGGAAGUGAGGGAGGCAAGCGUAUGUUUGGCGGAGAACUUAGGGAAAAGGAAGUGGCACGGUGAGGUUUACGCUGAGAUAAGGAAAGGAUUGUACCCUCAGCUCUCUGCUAUACUGGGAUUAUCCCACAAAGUAUACGCCAUUGCCAGGCUUUGAUUUAAACCAUGACUUUUAAGGUAUGGGUUUUACUGUUUGAUUUGGUUUUUAAUUUGAAUAAUCGUAUGUUGAUGUAUCUAAGAACAUUUGAAUAACUACGUUGUUGUUGCUCUAUAAUAAAAUUAAGUAGAUAAUUAAAUACCAAUACACAACAAA